UGCAUUUACCCGGGACAAAAUAAACUCAUGGUUUGUUUUCCGGGUUGGCAGUGGAAGCCUGGAAGGGACUGUAAUACACACUGUUAACUGCUGCAGGAACGGUGUAAAUUGUGUACAAGGCAGAGCUGUUACAGGAGCAUCGCGCUAUGCACAUACAGUAGACGAGAGAGUCCCCGCAAAGAUAUAGCACAGCGAACCCAGCAGCUAUGGAGAGGGAGGAUUAUUACCUGGAGCUGUGUGACCGGCCCAUUCUGUUUGAAAAAGCCACCGAUGUCAACAGCGUGUUCUUCGAUGAGGCCAAUAAACAGGUAUUUGCAGUACGGUCUGGCGGAGCUAUUGGUGUUGUGGUUAAGGGUCCCGAAGACAGGAUUCCCAUCUCUUUCAGAAUGGAAGACAAAGGAGAAGUGAAGUGUAUUAAGUUUUCAUUGGGAAAUAAGAUUCUCGCUGUGCAGAGGACCAGUAAGACUGUGGAUUUUAUCAACUUGAUUCAGGACUAUUCUCAGCUGGAAUAUUUUCAGGAAUGUAAGACGAAAAAUGCAAAAAUUUUGGGAUUUUGCUGGACAAGUGCAACAGAGAUUGUCUUCAUAACUGACCAAGGAAUUGAGUUUUACCAGGUCCUGGCUGAAAAGCGGUCUUUGAAGCUCCUCAAGAGCCAGAGUAUCAAUGUCAACUGGUACAUGUACUGCCCAGAGAGCUGUGUUAUACUGCUGUCUACUGCCAACCUCUGUAAUGUGCUGCAGCCGUUUUAUUUCAGGAGUGGAACAAUGUCAAAGAUGGCAAAGUUUGAAAUAGAGUUGCCAACAUCUACUGCCAAGGUGGCAAAGAUUUCUGAAAGAGACAUAGCAAUGGCAACAAUAUAUGGGCAGCUCUAUGUUCUGUUCCUGAGACAUCACGCAAAGGCCUCUAGCAGUCCUGGAGCUGAGGUUGUCCUCUAUCAUUUACCCCGGGAAGGUCCAUGUAAAAAGAUUCACAUCCUGAAACUCAACAGAACUGGAAAAUUUGCUUUAAACGUUGUAGAUAAUUUGGUUGUUGUCCAUCACCAGGACACAGAGACAUCUGUAAUCUUUGACAUCCGAUUACGGGGGGAGUUUGAUGGCACAGUAACCUUGCAUCAGCCGGUGCUUCCUGCCCAAUCCAUACAGCCUUACCAGAUCCCCAUUGCAGGCCCAUCAGCUGUGGCUGGACAGCUCCCUACACAGUGUAAACUCUAUUCCUCAUCCUGGAUUGUCUUUCAGCCAGAUAUAAUAAUAAGUGCCAGUGAAGGAUACCUGUGGUACCUACGUAUUAAACUUCAGCCAAUUGUGCACUUGCUUACAGACAAAGGGCGAUUAAUGGAUUUCUUGCUUCAGCGCAAGGACUGUAAAUCCGUUAUUUUAUCAGUGUGCUCGCAGAUGUUAUCCGAGGCGGAUAGAGUUUCGUUACCUGUCAUUGCUACAGUGUUUGACAAGCUGAAUUGUGAAUAUAAGAAAUAUCUGGAGGCUGAGCACAGCUAUACUUUGGCUGUUGAAACGAGUCAAGGUAGAAGCAACGCACUUUUGAAAAGGCCUGUGCGGGGACAAGCUGUCAUAGACCAGUCAGACAUGUACACCCAUGUAUUGUCUGUUUUCACCGACUUGAAGGAGGCUCCGCAUAAGUUCAUCAUAGCUGUUCUAAUGGAAUAUAUCCGUUCUCUAAACCAGUUCCAGAUUCCUGUACAGCAUUAUCUCUACGAGCUGGUGAUUAAGACAUUGGUGCAGCACAACCUCUUCUACAUGCUCCACCAGUUCCUGCAGUAUCAUGUGCUCAGUGACUCCAAGCCUCUGGCCUGCCUGCUGCUGUCCUUAGAGAGCAUCUAUCCCCCAGCCCAUCAGCUGUCCCUUGAUAUGUUAAAGAGACUUUCUACAGCCAAUGAUGAAAUUGUUGAGGUUUUAUUAUCCAAACACCAAGUCCUAGCAGCCCUGAGAUUUGUGCGAAGCAUUGGCGGACAUGACAGUGCCUCAGCCCGCAAGUUCCUGGAUGCCGCAAAGCAGACCUGCGAUGAUAUGCUGUUUUAUACAGUCUUUAGGUUCUUUGAGCAAAGAAACCAGCGUCUUCGUGGAAAUCCUAAUUUCACUCCAGGAGAACACUGCGAGGAACACGUGCUCUUCUUCAAGCAGCUCUUCGGGGAACAGUCUCUGCUGAAGAUCGUAGCUUUCUAGCCGACAUAUAAACAAAUCUGUAUAAAGUUUAUUUAUUACUGUAAUAAUAAAGUCCAUGCGCCUUCUGCUUAUAAAA